AUGGUAUGGCAUUCUACUGCUUGGGAAACACUUAUGAAACGUUCCGAAGAUUCCAUUGUUACGAAACGUAAAGCUAGCGAGAGUGAAAUUAAAUUGAAACCACGAGGUGGUAGCAUAGUGAUGGCUGAUCUUGAUAUUGAAACACCAACCGAAGCAACUCGCCGUAAAGAACAUUUGCUGAAUAUGCUAAAAAAAGAGGUGAAAAUCAUUAUGGAAGAAUCUGUAAAUCGAAAAACAAUUAAUGCCAAAAGCACAUAUGUGACAUCAUUGUGUGCAGCAGUAGAGCAAUGUCUAUUGGAUGGUUUAAAGCGUCGUCUGCUUGGAUUAUUCGGCGAACGUUCAACUUAUGCUCUCCUACAUAAUAUUGCCAAAUUUUGCCCCGAAGCGGCAACUGUAUUAACACUUACAAUUAAAGCGCAAGAUGACAAUUGUCGGCGAUACUAUGAAAAGAAUUCACUAAUGUUGGAUGCUGCAAAAGGUGGUGUAGUAGCAGCCUUACUUGUUGGUCCAUGUGCUAUUGACUAUACGACGAUGGAUUAUCAAUAUGAUCCGUACGAAGAACCUCUAGCAGGUGAACUGAUAGAACGAUAUCGUAGUACUCAUCCAUGUUUAUCCACUUCUCCUAUAUCGAAAAGACCGCCAUUAAUGGUGACGAAGCGUGGUAGUAGCAUUGUGACAAGCAUUGAUAGCUGUUCAUCACCAGUGUGUACAUUUGGACGUGAUUAUGUAUAUUCAUUACAUCAGAACGUGAAGGCAUCUUUGUUAUAUGGUAAAAAUAAUGUCACUGCAGCUAUAUCACCUACUGGACCGCCAGUAAAGGGUUAUCUAUCGUUGCAUCAGAAUUCGCCUGGAAAUGUAACUGUUAAAUGGUCACCCAAUCAAUUGAUGCAUUCAAGCUCGCAACCAUCCUCAGCCUCUCACGAGAAACUCCAUGAUAAUAAUUGGCUCUGGAGGCAUAUUAUCAACAUUAAUAUCAGUGAAAUCAUUUACAUACACAUACAUCAGUAUACUGAAAAUUUACCAACAACACUUAUUUUCGUUGGAGGUGAUGGCGUGCAACAUUCACCGAUGCAUUUCCCGGCUGGUCAUCAUUUGCUUGCCUUUCUUUCUUGUCUCGAAAGUGGUUUAGCACCUUAUAAUCGACUUGAUCCACCCUUGUGGAUUUCCAAAGAGAAAGGUAAAAUAUUGCCAAAAUUGCGUCGAAAAAGUACGACAAACGAGUUGAAUACAAAUUGUAGUGAAAAAAGUAAAUCGCAGGAUUAUGUAUUUCGCCUGGUACCAACCUGUACACCACCACUACAACUCAAUGAAUCAAAUAAUGAUUUAGAUGAAAGUGUUAUUCGUGAAGUAGCAACAGCUAAUGAUUCGAUCACUAAAUUAAGAAAGCGAGAAGAGAAACGAACGCUAAGUGACAGUGAAGUGGACGAACUUAUGAGGCAACAUUUCACGAAAGCGUGUUCUUCUAUGAGAAUGCAAAUUUUGGCUCGAAGUUUCUAUGGAUGGCUAGCAUAUUGUGGUCACUUGCGUACCAUUCGAAAUCAUCUGUCAUCUUUGAUAGAUUCGAAAGCAAUAGUAGAGGAAGCAAGUAUUCCAGUUGACGAGGAUUUUUGGAAAAAAUGUCGGAAUUUGAAAUCUGAAAAGAUGGAGAAAGAAUUCUUAUCGAGAACUUAUCGAUUUGGUAUCAGUGAAAAUGGAUCCUUUAUGCUUCGGCGUAAGGUUUGGCCGUACCUACUGGGCUUGGUAAAUUGGUCACAGGAUUUCGAACAGCUUAAGAAUACAUAUCGUGCAAAGUACUACAAUGAUGUGGUGGAAUGGGAAAAGAUCGAGAAAAUUGUUCGUGAACGUGACCAAGAAGCAUUCAUAGCCGCCCGACUUCGAUAUCGUGCGAGUGACGCUAAAUUCAACUCUGAAUCAUUCGAAGGAACAUCUCUGAGUAAUGAUGUAUUCAAGGAAAAUAAUGAAAUAUCCAAAAGCGAGAAGGAUAACGAAGAGGAAGAUUUGAUGACAAAAUUUAGCGUCAAUCUUCAUCGUAUCGAGAAGGAUGUAGAACGUUGUGAUCGAAGUUCGGCUUAUUUUGCCAAAAAAGAAAAUCUACAAAAGCUGAAAGCAGUGAUGUGUACAUAUGUAUGGCGGAAUUUAAACGAAGGAUACAUACAAGGAAUGUGUGAUCUAGCGGCUCCACUAUUAGUCAUUCUAGAUGACGAAUCACUGGUAUUAGCAUGUUUUGAUCGAUUGAUGCUCCGAAUGAAGCAGAAUUUCCCGCAAAGAACUGGAAUGGAUGAUAAUUUGACUUAUAUGAAUUCUCUCCUGCAGGUAAUGGAUCCGGAAUUUUUUGAGUAUAUAGCUAAAAAUGGUGAUGCAGCACAUCUCUCUUUUACUUAUCGUUGGUUUCUGCUUGACUUCAAGAGAGAAUUUACCUAUCCACAAGUGUUCCGUGUUUGGGAAGUAAUCUGGGCAGCAUCUUCACUGGUCACUACUCAUUUCCAUUUAUUCUUUGCUCUGGCAAUGAUCAUCGCAUAUCGUCAUAUAAUUAUUGAUAAUCGAAUGGAUUUCACUGAUGUUAUCAAAUUUUAUAACGAGAUGGCAGAAAGGCACAAUGUGGAGGAACUUCUCGAUUCAGCUCGAAAUCUAUUGAGACGUCUGCAGACAAUUAUUAUGGAGAUCGAAUCGAUCAAAAAUUGA